UGGGAAGUGCCUUGGCAGAAUAGGAUAAUGGUAUUUUUGGCAACUACGACGAUGACCCCUGUGUCUUUCCCAGCAAACCCAGCCAAGAAAAGCAUCUUCUCUCCCUUGCUUCUUCUUCUACUCCUUCCCUAUUACCACUCUUCACUUGUGGAAGGCUUCAACUAGAUUACACAGAGGCCAAAAAUUCAUAAAAAAACAAAGCAGAAAAGGCCAAUAAGGGGGAAGGGGAGCCUCAAUUUGGGUCAGUUUCUGAUUCAAUUUUUGGCAGUGAUGGAAAUUGAUAGCAUUGAAUGCGUGUCGUCUACAGAUGGGAUCUAUGAGGAAGAGAUCCACCACCACCACCAUCAGUUCUCGUCGUCCUCCAAGCCCCAUAGCAAUGUGGUGUCUCCGGCGAUCUCUCCGGCCACCAGCGUCCACGAACUCCUCGAGUGCCCAGUUUGUACUAAUUCCAUGUACCCUCCAAUUCACCAGUGCCACAAUGGGCACACGUUGUGUUCCACCUGCAAAUCAAGGGUCCACAAUCGGUGCCCCACUUGCCGCCAAGAGCUUGGAGAUAUCAGGUGUCUAGCAUUGGAGAAGGUGGCUGAGUCUCUUGAACUUCCUUGUAAAUAUUGCUCCUUGGGAUGCCCAGAAAUCUUUCCUUACUACAGUAAACUCAAGCAUGAGGCUCAAUGUAACUUCAGACCAUACAACUGUCCAUAUGCUGGAUCUGAGUGUGCUGUUGUUGGGGAUAUUCCUUUCCUAGUUUCCCAUCUUAGGGAUGACCACAAGGUAGACAUGCACACUGGCUGCACAUUCAAUCACCGUUAUGUCAAGUCUAAUCCCCGUGAAGUAGAGAAUGCAACCUGGAUGCUGACAGUCUUUAACUGUUUCGGUCAGUACUUCUGCCUGCAUUUUGAAGCAUUCCAGCUAGGAAUGGCCCCAGUUUACAUGGCAUUCCUUCGGUUCAUGGGUGAUGAGAUUGAGGCCCGGAACUUCAGUUACAGCCUAGAAGUGGGUGCAAAUGGUAGAAAACUAAUAUGGGAGGGAACCCCACGAAGUAUCCGGGACAGCCACAAAAAGGUCAGGGACAGCCACGAUGGCCUCAUAAUCCAGCGCAACAUGGCACUUUUUUUCUCUGGUGGGGACAGGAAGGAGCUGAAGCUUCGGGUCACAGGACGAAUAUGGAAGGAACAACAAAAUCCAGAUGCAGGGGUGUGCAUACCCAAUCUUUGUAGUUGAGAUAUUUGGGAUCGUGCAUGCUCCAGUCUCUUGGUUGUUGGCUAUUUUCAUUUAUUUUCUUCUCUCUGUGUGUUAUAUGCAUGCCAAGUAUCAUUUGUGUUGUUACUGUGGAUGACGAAUAGUGGGAGCCCAAAAUGCAUCACUAAUACAGGUUUGAACCUACAAAUGUCUAAUAAAGUCUUUUCCUUUCUUUUCUUCUCUA